AAAAAAUUCAAGAUGUGGUGGAAGAAUGGUAGUAUAGUAGUCUAAUGCUUUUAUUCACGGAAACAUUGGCGAGUUACGUGUUAACUAUAGAUCAUAAAUAGACCCGAUCCACAUGCUGCUUCAUGAUCCAUUCUUCCUUCUUUGUUCCCCACAAACACAAACAACAAGUUCUAUUCUUCCUCGUCAUAGCCACAAUCUUCCUUUUCAUCUAUUAGACAAUUAAGGGUGCUGAGAGAGAAGAAAGAUGGUGAAGAUUUGUUGCAUUGGAGCUGGGUAUGUUGGUGGACCCACAAUGGCUGUGAUUGCAGUGAAGUGUCCUAAAGAUGUGGUAACCGUGGUGGACAUAUCAACGCAGCGAAUCAACGGGUGGAACAGCGACCACCUUCCGAUCUACGAGCCAGGCCUUGACGAUGUGGUGAAGCAGUGCAGAGGGAAGAACCUUUUCUUCAGCACCGAAGUGGAGAAGCAUGUUGCAGAGGCUGACAUAGUGUUUGUCUCAGUGAACACCCCAACAAAAACUCACGGUCUUGGAGCAGGCAAAGCAGCGGAUUUGACAUACUGGGAGAGUGCCGCAAGGAUGAUUGCUGAUGUCUCAAAAUCAGACAAAAUCGUGGUUGAAAAAUCCACUGUCCCAGUGAAGACAGCAGAGGCAAUAGAGAGAAUCCUGACCCACAACAACAAGGGCAUAAACUUCACCAUUCUCUCAAACCCUGAGUUCCUUGCUGAGGGCACAGCAAUUCAAGAUUUGUUCCAUCCAGAUAGGGUCCUAAUUGGAGGGAGAGAAACCCCAGAAGGGCAAAAAGCCAUACAAACUCUCAAACAAGUGUAUGCAAAUUGGGUUCCUGUGGAGAAAAUCCUUUGCACAAAUUUAUGGUCUGCUGAGCUCUCAAAGCUUGCAGCCAAUGCCUUUCUGGCACAGAGAAUCUCCUCAGUGAAUGCCAUGUCAGCACUUUGUGAGGCCACUGGUGCUGAUGUGACACAGGUGUCACAUGCAACUGGGACAGACUCAAGGAUUGGUCCAAAGUUCUUGAAUGCCAGUGUUGGCUUUGGAGGCUCAUGCUUCCAAAAGGAUAUACUCAACUUGGUGUAUAUUUGUGAGUGCAAUGCCCUUCCUGAGGUGGCAAACUACUGGAAGCAAGUUAUCAAAGUGAAUGACUACCAGAAGACAAGGUUUGUGAACCGUGUGGUGUCAUCAAUGUUCAACACAAUCUCAUCAAAGAAGAUUGCUGUGCUUGGUUUUGCCUUCAAGAAGGACACUGGUGACACUAGGGAGACACCAGCUAUUGAUGUGUGCAAGGGGCUGUUGGGGGACAAGGCCAAGUUGUGCAUAUAUGAUCCUCAGGUUACUGAGGAUCAAAUAACAAAGGAUCUUUCAAUGAGGAAGUUUGAUAAGGACCACCCUGCUCAUCUUCAACCACCAAGCCCCUCUUCCAUAAAGCAAGUGUCUGUGGUUUGGGAUGCUUAUGAGGCUGUGAAGGAUGCACAUGGUGUGUGCAUUCUCACUGAGUGGGAUGAGUUCAGGAAGCUUGAUUACAAAAAAGUUUAUGACAGCAUGCAGAAGCCAGCUUUUAUAUUUGAUGGCAGGAACAUUGUGGAUGUUAACAAGGUCAGGGAAAUUGGGUUUAUUGUUUAUUCUAUUGGCAAGCCACUAGAUCCUUGGCUCAAGGACAUGCCUGCAGUGGUGGCUUAAAGGGAAAAGCACUUUCUGGAGACAAUGACACACUAUUAUUGCAUUCUCUUGAUCUUUUCUGUUUGUACUGGUUUUAUUUUACAAGAUUUUGUGGCACUGUGGUGACCAUUCUUGUCUUUUUUAGCUAGCUGAGAAUCCUAAUUUCUUGACCUUCUUUUAUGUAAUAAACUAGCAUGGGACCCUGGCUAUUUAUUGUUCCAAAAAACUAAAUUAUCACAUAAGUUAAAUAAUUUUCUAAUUA